UGCUGCGAGGACUGAUAAUUUUUGCAGAAUGUCACUAACUCUUUGGAUCCACGCAACUGCCCUUUGUACCUUCCUUCAGCAAGGUUCUGCACAGACUGGCACCGUGCCAUGCUUCACUGGACUUGGUUGUGCUUCUGGUAGUGUUGGGGAACAGGUUUCAGUAUUGGCCUGCUGUAGCCUGCCUGAUACCAUCUCAUUCAGACCUAAUGUGGGCAACGAAUCAUGCUUUACGUGUUAUGACCCGUUUGUCGUUGCAUUUGUGGACACGAUGUACACUAUUGAUGAGAGCAUGGGGUCAGUGAGUGUCUGUGUCAAUCUGACUCAACCGCAAAUUGACAUUCUCGAUGAAACUGUCAAUGUGUUUGUCAUGGAUAACUCCAGCUCAGUCUAUAUCCCAGCUGAUGCCCCUCUGGCUACUCCUGAUCCUCCAGACCUUCUGAGUCAGUACGCAAUGAUAGAGGGAUCUGACUAUGCCCAGCAGACCAGCGCUGUCAAUGUCAUUGACGAUACUCUGAUUACAGAGUUGAUGAGAAUUGUUUGCUACAGUCAACCCAUCUAUGAUGACCUACGUUUGGAGCUGGAUGAAUUUGUGGGUCUUCGUCUUGGAGUGAAGGACAAUGAACUCACCACAGUCCUCACAACAGUUCAACCAAUGUAUGACCAGACGUCGAUUCUUAUUGUGGAUAAUGACAUGGCCGUGGUGGGUCUGGAGCAGACUUUCUUCCGUGUGGAGGAGAAUGUCGGUUUGAUUCAAAUCUGUGUCAACGUUUUGUUCCCUGGAAUAAACUGUCCGAUUGCAUUUCCAUUUGAAGUCCUGUUGUCUACUGCUGAUGGAACUGCAGUCCAAGCAAUGGACUAUCAGCCACUUGAUGUGACACUGAUGUUUGAAGCCUGCGAGACACGAAGAUGUGUUGAUGCCGAGAUAAUAGAUGACACAGUGGAAGAGCCAGAUGAAGUAUUCACCUACACUCUGAGGCGAACACCGGACCUGGAUCCAAGGAUUGAACUUAACCCAGUCGAUGGACAAGUUGAGAUAGGCGAUGAUGACAGGGCCGUGGUGGGUCUGGAGCAGACUUUCUUCCGUGUGGAGGAGAAUGUCGGUUUGAUUCAAAUCUGUGUCAACGUUUCAUUCCCUGAAAUAAACUGUCCGAUUGCAUUUCCAUUUGAAGUCCUGUUGUCUACUGCUGAUGGAACUGCAGUCCAAGCAAUGGACUAUCAGCCACUUGAUGUGACACUGACAUUUCAAGCCUGUGAGACACGAAUAUGUGUUGAUGUCGAGAUAAUAGAUGACACAGUGGAUGAGCCAGAUGAAGUAUUACCCUACUCUCUGACGCGAACACCGGACCUGGACCCAAGGAUUGAACUGAACCCAGUCGACGGACAAGUUGAGAUAGGCGAUGAUGACAAUGCAGUUCAGACUGGGUUCAGGACGCCAGGGGAUGGAUGUAUCACAGAGGGUGUGUUACAGGAGAUCUGUCUGACUACUGUUGGAUCUCCUGCAGUGGAUACUGUGCUAACUGUCUCUGUCACUUAUGACACUGCUGGAUCUGAAGACUUCGAUCUGAUCACGUCACAAGUGACCAUCACUGAGACUAAGACUGAGCCGUGUGUGAGUUACCAGGCCAUAGCAGACCGUCUGGGACUGGAGGGAGUGGAGAACCUCACUCUGUCUCUGAGUGGACCUCCCAAUGUACAACUGACUACUGCCUCUCUACACAUCUGCAUUCAGGACUCUGAUGUUGUGACGUUUGAGUUUUUCACGGGAGAGGCAGAGGGAGACGAAAGUGAACUUGAGAUCAAUGCGAAUAUAACUAGAAGUGUGGCUACAGCAGAAGAAGUGUCCUUCACUCUCACUCCCACUGAGUAUGAUGCUUCGUUUGGCUUUCCCAUUCCUACCUUUGAUCCCAGAUCACCCAACCUUGCAACACCCGGGGCAGACUAUGUGCCUGAUGUGAUACAGUUCACCGUACCUCCUGGAGAUGGCCCAACAGUCAUUGCAGUACCCAUUAUUGAUGAUGUCAUAGCAGAAGAUUCCAACCAAUAUUUCAUUGGAGUCCUGGGCUUCAGUGGAAAUCCAACUGGAGCAGUGCUGGGGAGAGAUGCUAUACUUUUGGGAAUCCAAGACAACGACCGUAAGAGAUUCUCUAUUCAGUUCUUGUUCGUGAAUGUUGUUAUUGUGUUUUGCAGAAGCAACUAUUAGAUUCCAGUUUCUCUUGAGUGUUGUUGACGAACAAGAUGUAGAUUUUACCCACAACCUCCUCGUGACUAGAGACGUAGACUCUGAGCAGAACUACUCCAUUGCUCUCCGUGGCUCACCUAAUACAGCUGAGGACGACGACUUCUUUGUGUCUGACGACACGUUCUAUUUCCCUCCGGACGUGUCCAGUAUCAACGUGUCAGUCACCAUUCGUGGAGACACGAGAAUUGAACUGGCAGAGACGUUUGACGUAAGGCUACGUCAGAGAGGAGGUCCAAACUUUGUCGUUGACCCUCUGACCAGAAAUAUCAUUGUGGAAAUCAGAGAUAAUGAUGGAGACUACAUCUACGUACCAGCCCAGAGUACCUAUACUGUCCCUGAAGGAGAACAGAGAGAAGUCAGUUUUGUCCUGGAUAACCCACCACCUGAUGGAGUCUUUGAGUUUGACUACAAUGUCGUCCUCUCUACUGCAGAUGGCUCUGCCACUGGAGGCAGUGACUACAUGUCCAUAGUGGAUGAGGUGAUAGCAGCUAGUACGAUGCCCAAUGGAGUGGUGUCCAUGAAUGUGAGUGUCUUCAGUGAUGACAGAGUGGAGCUGGAGGAGACAUUCUCAGUGGUGGGUAGGGUCAUGGAGAGUAGCCAGAUCGCUUACGGAAUUGGCAAGGAGUUCCCUGUGGUCUUCCAGAGCCCUCUCGACGUCUCCAUCAUCAAUGAAAAUGUUGUAAGUCUGAGGUUCGCGGAUGUGGCAGUCACUGUCACAGAGGGUGGCUCACUGCUAGUGUGUCUGGAGCCAGUCGACACUGACGUUCUCGACGCAGAAUUCACUGUACAACUGUCUCUGCUGAGUGGAAGUGCCACGGGAGGUGUUGACUAUGUCUCGGAGGAUCUGACAGUGACCAUAGGACCAACUGGCUCAGGCUCACCAGAUACUUUGGUCUGCAUCAACAUUGACACUGCCACUGACACUGACAUCGAGGGAGAUGAGAGUUUAACAGUGAUAGGGACAGUCACCAAUAAUGCUGAUCUGACAGAGUUCCCAGACGGAAACAUGGUGUCUAUCACCAUUCAGGAUGCUAGUGUUGAACUGGGUGUGGAGCAGAUAGCGUACGAAGUGUCGGAGGCAGACGGCUCUCUGGAAGUGUGUGCAGUUGUAAAUAAUGGAACUGUCGUUAACCCAGUCACCAUCUCUGUGUCUCUAUCUCCAGUCUCUGCUACUGAAGGAGAUGAGUACGUACUGGAGGAUGAGGUGGUGACUCUGGAUGCUGGGUCAUCAGUGGGGUGUGCUACAAUUAGAAUAGUGUCCGAUGACCUCAUUGAAGGACCUGAGGACUUUAUCGUGCAGAUAACCACCGACGAUGCAUUUGCUGUUAUAUCCAAUGACUUGGCACUUGUGACCAUCACUGGAGAGAUAGCGAUGGUAGGGUUCGACCAGACAAUGUAUGCAGUGAUGGAGGGUCUUAAUCCAACAGUGGAUGUGUGUUUCACAGUCAGGAAUGGCCGAGUGGCCAACAGUCUCACUGUUCCCAUCUCUGUCCUCCCCACAUCCACUGCCACAG